UUGCCUUGUGGUUUCCGUUCGGCCCUCUUCCGGAGCAUGUGGCGCGGUUCCUGGAGUAGGUGACAGCGAUGGCUCCACGGGUCUGGCGUCAACGGACCCUGGAGAGGUGUCUGAAAGAGAUCGGCCAAGCCACCAAGCAGCCGGAGUGUUUCCUCACGAUUCAAGAUGGAUUAGCAUCAAACUUUGCUUCUUUAACGAAAGUUCUUUAUGACUUUAAUAAAACAGUGGAGAAUGGUAGCAUUCCUGGAAGUCGUUUACAAAAACUUAUGAUAAAUAAUUUUGAUGAUGAGCAGAUUUGGCAACAACUGGAAUUGCAAAAUGAACCAAUUUUACACUACUUCCAGAAUGUAGUUAGUGAGACAAUUAAAGAUGAAGACAUCAGUCUUUUCCCAGAGAAUGAAGAAACAGAGGGUGAAGAGGGUGGUUCAGAGAUGGAGGCCGAUGGCCCUGAGGUCCUAGAACAAGAUUUGGAAGAAGAAGAAAUGUCAGACAUGGGGGAUGAUGAUCCUGAAGUGGGUGAGAGAGCUGAAAACUCAAGCAAAGUCAAUCUGCAGAAAAGCCCAGUUUUCAGUGAUGAAGAUUCUGAUCUUGAUUUUGAUAUCAGUAAGUUGGAACAGCAGAGCAAGGUUCAGUACACGCAGCCUCGGAAACCAAGAGAAAAGUCCAUCGUGGAUGAUAAAUUCUUUAAACUAUCUGAAAUGGAGACGUUUUUAGAGACCAUAGAAAAAGAAGAGGAACCAAAAGAGGAGGACGAGGAGAAUGAGGAAGAACAUAUUGAUUUUUUUGAAGACAUCAAUUCUGACGAAGAUGGGGAACUGUUUGGAAAUCAGAAACUUAAGUCCGGAAAAAGUUCCAGAAAUUUGAAAUACAAAGAUUUCUUUGAUCCAGUUGAAAGUGAUGAAGACAUAUCGAAUGUUCAUGAUGAAGAGCUGCGUUCCAACAAAGAAGAGGAAGAAAUUUUUGAAGCAGCAGCAGAUGAAGAGAGCAUCUUGGAAACGGAUGAAGAUAAUGACCUUGAAGAAACUGAAGAUGAUGAACAACAGAAACAAGGUUCUAAAAGAGUGACCUUUGCUUUGCCUACUGAUGAAGAAAAUAAAGAUACAGAUGUGUUACAUGUAAAGGAAGAUUCUGCUGAAAGUAAAUCUUCUUUUGAAAAAAGACAAGAGAAGAUGAAUGAAAAAAUUGCAUCUUUAGAGAAAGAGCUGUUGGAGAAAAAGCCUUGGCAGCUUCAGGGGGAAGUGACAGCACAGAAGCGACCCGAGAACAGUCUGCUGGAGGAGACCCUGCACUUUGACCACGCCGUCCGGAUGGCACCUGUGAUCACCGAGGAAACCACCUUCCAACUAGAGGACAUCAUUAAGCAGAGGAUAAGGGAUCAGGCUUGGGAUGAUGUAGUACGUAAAGAAAAGCCUAAAGAGGAGGCCUAUGAAUAUAAAAAGCGUCUAACGUUAGACCAUGAGAAGAGUAAACUGAGCCUUGCUGAAAUUUAUGAGCAGGAAUACAUCAAACUCAACCAGCAAAAAACUGCAGAAGAAGAAAACCCAGAGCACGUGGAAAUUCAGAAGAUGAUGGAUUCUCUCUUCUUAAAACUAGAUGCACUGUCCAACUUCCACUUCAUCCCCAAACCGCCGGUGCCCGAGAUUAAAGUGGUGUCCAAUCUGCCAGCGAUAACCAUGGAGGAAGUGGCCCCCGUGAGCGUCAGCGACGCAGCCCUGCUGGCCCCGGAGGAGAUCAAGGAGAAAAAUAAAGCUGGAGAUCUAAAAACAGCUGCUGAGAAAACAGCUACAGACAAGAAACGAGAACGGAGGAAAAAGAAAUACCAGAAGCGUUUGAAAAUAAAGGAGAAAGAGAAGCGGAGAAAAUUGCUUGAAAAGAGCAACCCAGAUCAAGUCGGGAAGUACAGCAAGGCAGCUGCUUCAGAGAAGUUGAAGCAGCUGACCAAAACUGGCAAAGCGUCCUUGUUAAAGGAUGAAGGGAAGGACAAGGCCCUGAAGUCUUCUCAAGCAUUCUUUUCUAAGUUACAAGAUCAAGUAAAAAUGCAAAUCAGUGAUGCGAAAAAAACAGAAAAGAAAAAGAAGAAACAGGAUAUUUCUGUCCAUAAGUUAAAGCUGUAAUGUAUUUUUAAUAUCAUGUACAUAUUAAUGUGUAAGCUUCUAUAGAGAGCCCUUCCCAGACCUCAUCUCAGGCCAAGAAAUUUAUACUUGUAAUCCUAUGGAAAAGUCACUGGGAUUCCAGCAAGUUAAUUCCAGCCUGCUGCUUCCAGUGCCAUCCACGGGGAGAAUAAAGACACUGACACAUUUACAGUGCUGGGGAGCCGGGGUCCUAGUCCAGCCAGAACAAAGGCCUCACCAAUGGCCGAAGGCAGAUUUUAUUAACUCCUGGAAGGGAGUGGUUUGAGGAAUGACUGAGAAAGGCAGGAAGCACGGAGUGCCUUGAGCUGGUGCAGGUAGGAGGCCCGAGAUUACUUCUGCAGUCUGCAGAGGGAGGAUCUGUAGAAAGAGGAAUCUGCACAACACAGUAGAGGUAGCAUCUAGUGUUUUGGGAUCAGUGCUUUAGUCUGAUGUGCAAACUUUUCUGCCCUGGGAAGUCAUAGUCUCUUAUCUCGAGGCUCAAUCCCAGUUGACAGCGUGGCAUGCUGGCUCUUCCACUUGAAUCAACCAUGUUUUUUGGGAGUCGCAUGGUAGGGAAACAGGGCUGCGUAGCUUCAAAGAUCACACACCAGCACCUCAGCAGCCCUGUUUACAUUGCUCAAAGCCAAUUGAAGGGUUAAAGAAAUGGCCUAGCUCGCUCUGCACAUACCAGUCCAUGAACAUAGGGCCAGGUGUAGCCAAAAUGGAGAUAACUGCUCUUUAUUCAAGGAGAGUCAUCCAGGUGGUCCUCCACAAGCUUCUAUCUGAUUGUUAUUUUAAUAAUAAAAUUCCUGAGACCUGGCAUGGUAUCCAAGUGUUCAAGACUUGCACAAUGAGAUGCCAGUUGGAGUGUUUGGAAGUGUGUGUGCUUCUCUCUGGUUGGGAGGUGGGACCUUGCUUCUGAGGCCCUCCCUUCCUGCCCUGGUGCUGCCUGUGCUAAUCUGUCCAGACUGCCAAUGGCCCAGGCCUGGUGCAGGCCCCACCAGCUGGAGCACACUGUCCAGAGAGCCAGAGCUGGCUAAGGUUGAGAGGAGGGCACAGAGCCAGCUCCUUCCUCACCACCGCCUUGCAGCAGGAGCUUCUCAAGGUCCUGAUCUUCAUCUACAGUCCCACUGUUAUAUCAAGCAGAAUUUCCAUGUAUUGCCUCUGUCUCAUCCUUUGGAAAAUGAUCUUAUGUUACCAAGUACUGGGUUAGUGUAGGCUCUGAAGUGCUGUCCAUAACCGCAUGCAGAGUGGACAGAUAUGGCUACAAAUGAAUGCAGUGGCUCUGUACAGCUUGGAAAGUGGACCAGCAGUAUGCAGAGAGCCAUCUGUUACCACCAGGUGCUUAUUUCAGACCUCCCCCCAUCUAGGGAAAAUGCCUUCGUCUAUGUCAGAGUCUGAUAAUAUGAUUUGAUGGAAACACAUUAAACCUUGGUCCAGAUGAAUAGAAGAUGAGAACGAGAUUAAGCCAGAGCAACUGGCAGAGCCCUUCUGAGUUUUCAUUUACAGAGAAACCUUGGUCAGAUCUAGCCAAGGUUUGCUAAUGCAGAAACUGACUUGCUGUCAGGCUAGAUUAACCAGUUUUGAUCCAUUUGCUGUGACAAAACACCUAGGACAAGGUCAUUUAUAGUCAGCAGGAUUUCUUACAAUAGUGAAAGCUGGAAAAACCCAAGAUGAGGGCACCAGUAGGUUUGGUGUCUCAGCUGGUUGUGUUUCUGAUGGUGCUCUGGUGUUCCAUCACAUGGCAUGAUCCAGAAGGGCUGCAAUCACUCCAGCCUUUUGGUGAGAGUUCUCCCUUCCAAAGGGCUCUGACUUCAUGACUUAGUCCCAUUCUAAAGGCCUCACCACUUAAUACUACCAUAGGGGCCAUAGUGGCUCAGGACAGGAAUUUCAGGGAACACUCCCAGUGAUGGUGAACCUUUCAGAGAGGAAGGUUGAUACUAUAACCCAAAACCUGCUUAUGUAUCACAAAUUAUCAACACUGCAAUUAAACCUGAAUGCCUGUACUGAGGUUUUAGUUAAGAAAAACAACUUCCACAUUAACAUCUUUUGUCUUAAAAAUAAUGUGUGCCAUUGGUUUGCCACCGCUGACUCAGAUCACAUCAUCUGUCUACAUAGCUGUAACUUCCAAGUUUUAUUCAAGUAGAGUUCACUACAGUACCUCUGCCUUCAAAUGAGUAUUUUGAGGAAUCCUCUUCCUGUAGCCUUGGUGAAGUGUCAUUUUUCAGCGGUGACCUGAGUAUUACAUAGCCUUAGGAGUUUCUCUGUGGUGGUAAAAUUCAGCCUGCCAGCCUUCACCCUGCUGCCUGACUUCUCUUACCCGUGACUGCCUCAGUAAGGUGUCAGGAUCUGGAUGUCUGGCUUGGAGUGACAUCAUUUUAUUUGGCCAAGGGCAGUUUGAUAUUUGUGGAGUUGAAAUCACCUUUUACCUUCUAAGUAUUUUCACUUAUUGGGGAGAUGUAUCAGUCCGCUCACUUUUUCAGUGUAAUCUUUGAUACAUUCUAAAGAUCACAUUCUACAUUACUGCUUCCAGCCAGGCACUUUUGUCAGUACCAGUGGUAAAGAAAACAUUCCUACUCUCAGGAAGAAUGCAUUGCAGGGGAAUACUUACACACAUCUUGAACAUAAAUUAGAAGCAUAAUAAAACAUUUAAGACACCACGUUUGACCUAAAAAAAACACUAGUCUCCAGAGAGAGUUAAAGAGAUAACCAUGGCUAUCUUGAAAUUGGGUGUUUAUCAUUCUUUUGUAUUUAUAAGUGUAUGUACCACUAGUAAUUUUGUAUUUGAAUUUUAUAAAAGAAUAUUGUAUGUUCUCACAA